CCUGCUCCACCAACAUGGAGGACGGGAACAAAAACCAUGUCCUUCAUGAGGAGCAGCGCCCGCUUGAAACCAAGAGCCAGACCACCACCUGGCUCUGCUGGUUUCGCCUAGCGACUUGCCCCAUCAACAUUGAGGAUGGGAAUGAAAACCGUGUCCUUCAUGAGGAGCAGCGCCCGGUUCAGACCAAGAGCCAGACCACCACCUGGCUCUGCUGGUUUGGCCUAACCACCUGCUCCACCAGGGUGGAGGACGGCAACAAAAACCAGGUCCUCCCUGAUGAGCAGAUCCCGGUUCAGACCAAGAGCAAGACCUCCACCUGGCUCUGCUGGUUUGGACUAACCACCUGCUCCACCAACAUGGAGGAUGGGAAAGAAAACCAUGUCCUUCACGAGGAGCAGCGCCCGCUUGAAACCAAGAGCCAGACCACCACCUGGCUUUGCUGGUUUCGCCUAGCGACUUGCCCCAUCAAGACUGACGAUGGGAACAAAAACCACGUCCUCCAUGAGGAGCAGCGCCCACUUGAAACCAAGAGCCAGACCACCACCUGGCUCUGCUGGUUUGGAGUAACCGCCUGCCCAACCAAGAUCAAGGACGGGAACAACAACAAGGUCCUUCCCGAAGAGCAGCGUCCGGUUACGUCCAAGAGCCAGUCCUCCAAAUGGCUCUUCUGGUUUGAACAAACCACCAGCUCCACCAAGAUCGAGGACGGGAAGAAAAACAAGGUCUUUCAUGAGGAGCAGAGCCCGGUUCACACCAACAGACAGACCUCCAACUGGCUCUGCUGGAUUGGACUAAACACCUGUCCUGGAAAUGGAGAUAAAAAAUUUGUGCGUCCUGAGAGGCUGCCCAUCAAUGCUGAGCGCCGUGCCUCCUACUGGCCCUUCUGGAUUGACCUUUCUCCACACCCCAUGUGGGUGCCGUCCAGGGUCAAUGAGUCUGUUGUUCCAGAGGACGCAAAGCAGCAGUCCCCGCACACUGAGCAAAAGGCCUUCAGCGUACCUGACACCCUGCACCACCUCUGGGGCGUCCUUAUGCAAUACCCGGAAGCUAUGAUCUUUAUCGGUUCUUUGGGAGACUGGUAUACGUUUCGGCUGAUCAGGGUUGCCCACCGGCUCCUGAGAGCAUUGUGAAGACACUAGGCACAGGGAACGGAACAAACGGCCUCAGCUUCCACGGGAACAGAGUGAUUUCCAUGAAGCACUCCUGUCCAUCUGACAGCCUGUGGGUCAAACGUUGACAGUCAGUCGGUGGGGUGGGACAUGCGUGAACCCACCAAAGGUUGCUGCACUGAAGGCACCUGCGAUAACAACAACGUCUUCUACUGGGUGGACACCAACCUCCCCCAGAUCAUCACCUC